AUGUCAUCUCCAGCCAAUCGCUCAAUAUCGACCAUUCGAUCGAUAACUCGUCAAUCCAAUCGAUUACGAUGUGCGUCAUCAACCCCAUCAUCCUCUAUGGCUCCAAAACAGUAUUACAAUGCCUCGACAAGUAUCCUUACACCUUCAUCAACUUCGUCUGCCUCUAGGUCAAUCCAGAGGAGAAGUUUCUUUUCAUUACCGGACAUAACGAAAUUAGCUGGUCUGGUUCCCUCACAGAACCCAACCCCGAACGAUGAAGGGAUCGUAACGGGUAUAGAGACGGAUGGGGAAGAACAGAGGUUUCAUGCGAGAAAGAUAUUACCAUACUCCCAAGUCCAACUCUACUCACUCGUAUCUGAUGUACCUUCUUAUUCGUCUUUCAUCCCAUUCUGCAACUCUUCGACAGUCCUCUCCAAACCUUCCACGGAAGGCAACAUAAAUCGACAAUGGAAAGAAUGGGCUCCUGGAACAGAACCUUUCGAAGUUCUCGCUGAGCUCGCGGUUGGUUUUGGAGGGUUGGAAGAGAGGUAUGUUAGUAAGGUGAAAGGUGUACCGUUUGAGAGCGUUACCGCAACUGCAUCAUCCCAAACACCAUUAUUCAAAUCACUCAUAACCCGCUGGUCAUUCUCACCCGCCUCUUCCAUAUCCCCUCAUCCAUCCAACUCUCCCUUCCCCCCUACACCUUCUUCACAGGAAAGAUUACCAAAUUCAACCUCGCCUACAGAUCCUAAUAUCGGUCCAACGUUAUUGACCAUCGACUUGAAUUUCAAUUUCGCUAACCCCUUACAUCGAAUAGCGAGUCAAGCCGUUCUACCAAAGGUCGCUGAUAAGAUGGUGGAAGCGUUUGAGAAAAGGUGUUUGGAUGUUUAUGGGAAAGGAAAUCAGUAA